UUUUUUACAUUAUAAAAAGUAAACUUUUCCCGGAAAAUAUUGUUGAUAGAUGGUAACGCCGUUUUGCCCGAGGAAGAACACACGAUGUUUAACGAUAGCUCGAACGAAUGAACGGGCAACGGGCUAAAUAUUUUCCUUUUUUCUUUGCUUUCCUUGGCGAGGAGUUAAAAAUAAAAUUUUCGCGAUGAAAGAUGUUGUAGAAGUGAAAACAAGAAUAUCGUAAUUAAAAGAAAAUUAUUUUUGAAAACAAAGAACUUACCGAUUCUUUUGUUAUACUUAGUUUUCCUCAAACACAAAAGAGAAUACACAUAAAGCAGGGAAUUUAAGUGAAGUUUAUGCAUUGGAACAAUCGACAAUUACUAUAAGAACUAAGGACACUAUUACGAUUUCUUCAAAAAAUUAAGUAAAUAAUUGGCCGCGGCCCAGAAUUUGGCUGAAAAGUCGUCGUGCUGAACAGGAGCAUAUAAAAGAAUUCCAUAACAUCUAUACCACUUAAUAUUCAACAUUAACGUCUACAGUUCUGGGUCCCGUAAAUAUUUAUACUUAUAAUCGACAACGUUUUGUCAAUCAAAAAAAAUUAUACUUGGAUUGCAACAUUUACUAAAGACAGAAUAUUUAAUGAACACUUCCGAUAACUUUAAUAUUUUCCAUUUGUACCGGUAACGAUAUUCUUAAGUGAAAGAGCAAAACAAACGGAAAACGGAAUUUGUUUUGACAUAAUAACGUCAAUUGCUCAAACGUGUUAAAACUGAUAGUGACAAAAGCCGAGGCGAUAAAGCAACGGGGACAGAUUAGACUGUUUCAUACCGACUUCUGAAUAAUGAGUCGCCAUGAAGGUAACGCUAACAUUGGAGUCAGUUGUGAUUCCUGUCUCAAAAGCAACUUUAAUGGUCGCCGCUACAAAUGUCUGAUUUGUUAUGACUAUGAUUUAUGUGCUGAUUGCUAUGAAGAGGGUGUUACAUCUACGCGUCAUUUAGUCGAUCAUCCGAUGCAAUGCAUUCUAACACGUUCCGACAUUGAACUGUUUUUUGGUGGUGAAAUGCUCAACUCCGAGCAACCACAAAGUUUCACCUGCCCUUAUUGUAAGAAAAUGGGCUUUAGCGAUACUACUCUGCUGGAGCACGUUUCGGCUGAGCAUACGGAGACUAGCCUCGAAGUAGUGUGUCCUGUUUGUGCCGGACUACCGGGUGGGGAACCGAAUCUAGUCACAGACGACUUUGCCGGCCACUUAACGUUGGAACAUCGAACAGGACCACGUGAAUUAAUUUCAUUUCUGGAUGAACCAUCUGCAAUUCGACAUGGUGGAGGUGUACGUCGUAUUCCAGGCCGUACUCUUGGAGGUCCUCGCGCUCGGCGGUCAAAUAUGCACUUUAGUUCAUCAAGUGGCUUGUCUGCAUUGUCGCCAUCUGGAAGGGAGUCAGUUGAUCCAAUCGCCGAACUACUUUCACAAUUAUCAGGUGUGAGAAGAGGUGGACCACAGACAUCUCAAUUGCAACAAUUGCAAAUGCAAAUACAAUUGGAACGGCAACAAGUGACGGCAACUCGCCAACAGUUGGAACGUUUGCCCCGCCGGGCACAUCCGAUGGUCUCUUCAUCGAAUUCAAAUGCAACCAUGCCAGAGGUGAUAAGCACAGGCCCAAUACUGAGUGGUAGUGGUUCUGGUGGUAGUGGCGGGAGUGGAGCUAGUGGUUCAGGCAGUGCUAAUGGUGGUGGUGGCAACUCAUGUCGUACUAACGAAUGGACUGUUAAUCCAUCGUUAACAGCCCAACAACAAUCGCAAUCGGGUCUGACAGGUAGUGCCGGACUUAACAACAGAGAGAGCGGCGGUAGUAGUGGUAGCGUAAGUGGUGCCAAUGGUGGCAAUGCUAACAAUUUACUCGGCAUGUCUAUUGCCAGCGGUGUAGUUGUUAGUGGUGUAAAUGGCUCUGGCAGUGCUGGUGACGGUCAAUCGCAAUUUUUGCUAACAAAAUUCAUGCAGCCAACUUUGAGUGAUACAGAAUGGGCUGAAAUGGAAAGAGAACGAUCUGAUCGAUCACAAUUUGUACAAGCGCUUUUAUUGUCAACACUUUCCUUUGAUUCGCUUGACGCAAUUACAAUUAGUGGAGUCGAAGCCGAACGCGAGCAUCGCGGCGAGUCGCAAGAAACGAACAGUGAUAAUGUAAAUAAUGAGAAGGUCUCUGCAGCGAACACAAAAUGCGAUUCUAAUGCUAGGGAAUCGUUAAUGAACAACAACACAGAUGCCUCGGCCCAAACCACAAACACAAGCGGUAGUGGCAGUGGCCGACAACAAGUACAUCAACAGCAACAGACCUCUCCGGAGGAUAUUGCCGAUGAGUAUAAGCAAUUGCAUCAACAGCAGCAACAACAACCACAGCAGCAAACCUAUGCAUCAAAAAAGAAAGCAACGAGUAACACCGGUGCGAGUGGUGGCGCUGGAGGUACUGGUGGUAAGUCCACAACUGAUAGAGGCAUUGAACGAAGAGGCCGUCCACCACCUCCACCAGUUGGUGGUGCAGCUGCAGCCGCAGGCUCACAACCACAACCACAACAUUCUAGGUAGUGUUAUCGUCCUCAUCAGCUGUGGAAUGAACAGAAGCAACUAACACUAAAACUUCAACAUAAUAAAAACAAAGAAAAGAAACAAAUUAUAGAGAGACCGGAGCAAAAGUACAUCCACAACACAACACAGUUAUAUACCACAUUAGGCACAUCAACAAUGGAUAUGUAAAUGGUCAGCUGUUGUAGCAGUACUUCAGCAAAUGCGAAAAGCAUUGCUAUAAAACCAAGGGGGGGAUUAAACAGUUCAAAUAUGUAAAACAGAUAGAAACGUGAGGUAUAAUGCUAAAGACAGGAUGACGGUUACAUAUAAAGCGGCAACAGAAGCAGCAACCAGAGCAAAACAUUAUAAAUAUGGUUUAUUAAAUAUAUAUUAUAAUUAUUAAAAUUUAUAUAAUUAUAAAAAGCAAAGAGAAGGCAUCCCAAACAACCCAACAACACAACUAUUGUAAUGAAAUGAACUAAUUAUAAUUUUAAAGAAAUUGAACAUUUAAAAUUAAAGGAAACACUUAAAAUAUAAAUAACCAAAUUAUCUGUGGCAAGGCCAAUUUGAAUAUAUACUAAACAAAAAAUAGUUUAUAUGUAUGGAAGCACAUAUGAACACAGGAUAUUUGUAUUAAGCGAACGAGCGCGUUAUUAGUCCGAAAAGUGAAGGAGAUUAAUUAAAAUUGGUUAUUUGUAGUUCAACUGAACUUAAUACAAUUUCGAUAUAAAACAUCAUUGGAUAAAAUUUGUAGCAAAACAUUGCGGGUAAUUAGAUUUUGAAUCUAAUAUAUUUAUUUAAAUCUUUUUGCGCAUUAAAGUUACAAGUAUAUUUAUAUUUUGAAGAAGGUUACAAAUUCUUAGCGAUUUCUACUACAGGUUGGAUGAAUAAAUUGGCGAUUUGCUAAUUCUGAAACGUUCGCACUUGCUUAUAUUCAAAUUUAAGUCGAAUAUAUCGUCCUUAUUACCCUUUACUUGUUUGAUACGAUUUUUCAGUUAUAAAUUACUAACUGGUAGGUUGAUAUUGUUUCUAGAUCCAUAUACAUAUACAUGCAUAGAUGGGAUUGAAACAAUUUGUAUACAAAAAAUAUAUAAUUCAUGGUUGUUUGAAAAUCAUGUACAUAUAUGCAAUUGUUUGCCUAUACAUAUAUAUUGGAUUAAUUAAAUUGUUUUCGUUUCGAAUCCCUUCCAAAGAUUAACUCAUAUAUCAAUACAAAUUAAGCAUAAAUAUAUGUAUUUCGGUAUUGUAGUUCAUAUUAGAUGCAAGGAAUCAACUUGCUUUUCAUAUAUAAUAUUUUCUUCAGACCUGGAACGAAUCGAAUCCCAAUUUUUGUGAAAAAUAAAUAUCCAUAAUUUUCUUUACGCUAGGGCUGCGGAGUAUGAUUCUAUGUAUGUAUGCAUAAUUAUGAUUUGGGGGAAAAACACGACAAGCUUGCCACUAACCAGCAAGUAAGUUCUUCAAAUGUUACACGCUAGAAACUCAAAAAAAAAAAACAUAAAUUCACAAACAAUCCUAAUUCCGUUAACAAAUUUCACAUGUAAAGAUUUCGUUCAUUCACUCAAGUUAAAAAUUGAUUUAUGAUGAUGACUGCAUGUAUGUAUGUUUAUCUGAAGAUUUCGAAAAUUCGUCAGAUCAACAUUAACUGUAAUAUUUUGAAAAGCAAAAUAAUGAAAUAUUGAAUGUCUAUAGAUUGUAUAAGCAAAAAUAUUGAAAAUUGUUUAAACGUGAGUCACUACGAAACUGGUAACGAAUUCUCGAAUUUGUGUAUGAAACGUUUCACAAUGCUGAAAACCGAUAAAAUGAUUGUAUUAUAAGAAUAUUUAAUAAAUUUAAAAAUAUUACAAGGUUAAAA